CACAACUGUUCCAGACUUGAUGGCCUCACGACCGACCAUCCCGAGCCGAAGCCGCGUGCCCGUGCCAGCGGCGGAGUACUGCCUGCCAUCCCCCGUGAACAACAUUUGCGGAGAGAACGUAUGGAUCACGGCAGGGUUUGCGCUCUUCCUGGUGGUGUUCCUCUUGCUGCCGACGAUCUUUAAGUCGUUGAAGCAAGACGAUCCAAAGCCGUCUCGUGCUACGACGAGUGGAAAGAAGGGUGGUGUUGACGUGCCGAAUCCGUCGAGCCCCGUCGUGUCCACCAAGGCCAAGACGGUGCAACCCCCUCAAGAGAAGACGUCCGCUGGCGAUGACGGUGACGACAGCGACGACCCCAACACGCCCGAGAAAGCAACAACUCAAACGUCCGAAGGCAAAAAAUCCAAGUAAACUCUCAUGUUGUCGUUUGUUAAGUGGUGGUGGCCGUGGCCACCUUUUGUCGCUUCGCUUGCGGACCGUCUGGCUGAGGCUGCUGCUCUGUCUUGACUUCCCCCGCUGCUCCCUUGUUCUCGAGCACGUCCGGCGCAUACUGCAUCGCAUGAUGAUCAACUUGCAUGGUCGUAUGCAUAUUCAGCUAAGAUUGGUA